AUGCUAAAAAAAUACCUCUCUUCAUCUUCAUCUAAUGAAUAAAUAAACAACAAAUAGAUAGUAACUAAAAUAAGUAUAGAAAUAUAAUCAAAAAUUUAGAUCUAACUUAAAAAACAAUAGAUUAUGGUACUCCUAAAACUUAACUAAAUCUAGGAUUAAAUGAAAAUAGUCCUUCCGAUAAUCAAUAUACUUUCUAAUAACAAAUCCAUUCAAUUAAGCCUUAUUAACAUAAAUUACUCAGUAAUUAAGUCAAUUCAACUUAGAAAAAGAUGAUUCUCCUGCAUUAAGUGGUUCCCCAAUUUAAGACUUAGACAGAAUUAUUACAAAAAAGGAUGAUGAAACAUUUAAAUUUAGAUCAGCAUCCUAAAACUCUAAGAAAUUACAAUUCAAACCAUAAAGUAGUGAAAAGAAAUGUUCAUCUAAUGAAAAAAUUAAAGUUUUUGAUGUCUUUAAUUAAAGUCCAAGAAUGAAUAAAUAAUCCAACGCAUAAAUUACUACUAAAGAAAACUUAACAGUUUAAAUUCAAUAACAGAAAUACAGUUAACAAAAUCAACCUAAAAUGUCAUCUAAUAAUCUAAAUUAACAACAUAAGAAUAACGUAUUAUAAAAGAAAUCAUGUAAACCCCCAAUAUCAAGUAGAUUAAAUGAAUCAAGAGAUAUUCUAUAAUAUAUGAGAAAAUAUUCAACAAAUAAUAAAAAAAGUAUUCAUUUCUUAGAAGGAACAGGAACACAAAAACAUUCAUUUUUAUUUCAUUCUCCAUAACAUAAUGAAUCUGCUGCAUAUAGUUCCUCAGGGAAAAAUAAUAAUCAGGAUAUACAUAAUAAUCUUAAGUUCGACUCUGAUAAUCAUAACAAUGAAAAUAUUCUUGAAUUAUUAUUACUUUCAACUUAAGAACUUAACAACAAAUUUAAAAAUAAACAACUUGAAAGAAAUGAAUCAGAAGAUAAAAUACCUAUGAAAAUUAGAGUUAGAGCAGGAAGUAAAUUUCCAAAAGACUUCUUUUGA